CCUAGCAGAAAUCCCAAACACAUUCCAAGCUAAUCGAUCCACUGUCGAUCGUAGUUGCAAUCCAUCCACAACGGCGAUGGCGGAGCUGAAGAGCCGGCGCGUGAUCCUGAAGGACUACGUGGAGGGCUACCCCACGGAGGAGCACAUGGAGCUGCUGCCCGCCGCCGACGUCGACGAAGCCGCGGCCGCCGAGGAGGGCUCGGUGCUGGUCAAGAACCUGUGCCUCUCGUGCGACCCCUACAUGCGCCCCAAGAUGGCGCGCCCGCAGGAGCAGUGGUACACCGAGGCCUACGUCCCGGGCACCACCAUCACCGGCUUCGGGGUGGCCCAGGUGGUCCGCUCGUCGCUGCCUGGCCUCGCCGCCGGCGACCUGGUCUCAGGCGUCACGGGGUGGGAGGACUACAGCGUCAUCAAGCCGCCCUUUGCGGGCCAGCUCACCAAGAUCCGGCCGGAGGACGGCCUCCCGCUGUCCUACUACACGGGCGUCCUGGGCAUGCCGGGGUUCACCGCCUACGUGGGCUUCCACCGCAUCUGCUCCCCCAAGGCCGGCGAGACGGUGUUCGUCUCGGCGGCGUCCGGCGCGGUGGGGCAGCUCGUCGGCCAGUUCGCCAGGCUCAUGGGCUGCUACGUCGUCGGCAGCGCCGGGUCCAAGGAGAAGGUGGACCUUCUCAUCAACAAGUUCGGCUUCCACGACGCGUUCAACUACAAGGAGGAGGGCGGCGACCUCACCGGCGCGCUCAAGAAGCGCUUCCCCGACGGCAUCGACGUCUACUUCGAGAACGUGGGCGGGAAGAUGCUGGAGGCGGUGCUGGCCAACAUGAAGGUGCACGGCCGCAUCGCCGUCUGCGGCCUCAUCUCGCAGUACAACCUCGCCGCCGGCGAGAAGGACGCGGAGGAGCUCAGAGCGCGCAACCUGGUGUACCUCAUUUCCAAGCGGAUCCGGAUGCAGGGGUUCGUCGAGCCCGACCACAAGCACCUCUACCCGGAGUACAGGGCGUGGGUGCUGCCGCACAUCAAGGACGGCAAGGUGGUGUACGUGGAAGACGUCGUGGAGGGGCUCGACGCGGCGCCCGCAGCGCUCAUCGGACUCUUCCACGGCCGCAACGUCGGCAAGCAGGUCGUCAGGCUCGCCAACCCUCAGUGACUGACAGAUCGCACGCAAGUGUCAUUCCUAGGGACAACGGGCAAAGCCAAAUAAAAAGCUACUAGUAGAUCCAUGCGCAUGGCGCUGGGAAGCUAUCAUGAGAAAUAAAUUCCAGUCCUUGCUUACUAUUGCCCUUCA